AUGGUCCCUUCUAUCAUCGGUGCCACAACCAACGAGGGAAGAGCAUUUGCACCAGCUGCAUCCUCAAAAGUAGAAGUCGAGGAUUUUUUCAAGGCCGAGUUUCCGCUUCUUGAAUCAACUCAUAUGGCUCAGAUCACAGCCUUAUACCCAGGUUUGGCAGAUACAUGUUCGAAAGCUGGCUGUUUCAAACGACCCCUAAGCGAUGCAUACGAAGACAUGAGGUUUCAAUGCUCAGGCAUCUCGUUCCCAGAAUCAAUCUCCCGCUGGAUGCCAAAGAAAACGUGGAACUACUGGUAUAACGUCGAGGAUCCAGGUUUUAUGGCUCAGGGGAGAGGUGUAGCUCAUUGUGACGAGGCUCAUGCAAUAUGGGGGCCUGGCAAUGGAGGCUCCGGGGCAGCCCGAAGCUACUUCCCAGGUGGGAUCAAUGCUUAUGCAGUCAACGUCAUUCAAGGCUGUUGGAUAAGCUUCAUUCGAUCUUGCAACCCAAAUAAAUACAGGCUUCCUGAUACAACGAUGUGGGGAGUCUAUUGA